GGGUAAGAGCAUUGAUUCACAGACUUUCUAAAACAACCCUCGUAACGGCUGUAACAAGACAACAAGCCAGUUGGAGGCGUGUUGUUGUUCUGUGCCGUUGAUUGUCAUCAUGUCUGACGACAGGGACUAUAUUGGAUUUGCUACAUUACCGGAACAAGUUCACAGAAAAUCAGUGAAAAGAGGAUUCGAAUUUACCUUGAUGGUGUUGGGUGAGACUGGGUUGGGUAAAUCUACACUGAUCAACAGCUUAUUCCUUGGAGAUCUUUAUAAAGAUCGUAGGAUUCCUGAUGCUGUUGAUCGCAUUGAGAAAACCACAACAAUUGAAAAAAAAACCAUGGACAUUGAAGAAAGAGGAGUACGUUUGCGUUUAAAUAUCGUUGAUACUCCUGGAUUUGGAGAUGCUGUAAAUUGUGAAGACACGUGGAAAGCAUGCUCUGCAUAUAUCGAUGAACAAUUUCGGCAGUACUUUACUGAUGAAAGUGGAUUGAAUAGAAAAAAUAUCCAAGAUAAUCGAGUGCAUUGCUGUUUAUAUUUUAUUCCUCCUUAUGGACAUGGUUUAAGACAAUUGGAUCUUGAAGUUCUCAAACGUCUUCAUCGAAAAGUAAAUAUUGUUCCGGUGAUAGCUAAAGCUGAUACUCUAACUGGUCAAGAAGUCAAGAAACUUAAAGAAAAUAUUUUAGCAGAUAUUGAAGAACAUGAAAUUCAAAUUUAUCAGUUUCCGGAUUGUGAUAGUGAUGAAGAUGAAGAAUUUAAACAACAAGAUAAAGAGCUAAAGGCUUGUAUACCUUUUGCAGUGGUUGGAAGCUCUACAGUGCUUGAAGUGGCAGGAAAAAAGGUUCGAGGGAGGCAAUAUCCAUGGGGUGUAGUUGAAGUUGAAAAUCCAAAACAUAGUGACUUUGUGAAACUUCGUACAAUGUUAAUAUCAACUCAUAUGCAAGAUUUAAAAGAUGUAACAAAUGAUGUCCAUUAUGAAAAUUUCCGAGCUCAAUGUAUUUCCCAAAUAUCACAACAAGCGAUUCGGGAAAGGAGGUAUUUACGCAUUAAAUUAAAACGAGAUUCUGGACCACAUUUUGAAAACAGUAUUUCCGAUACAGAUCGAUUAUUAUUACAGAAAGAUGAAGAGAUUCGAAGAAUGCAAGAUAUUCUCGCACAGAUGCAAGAAAAAUUAAAGUUAACAGGCCAAGUAGGUGGUAGUGUUGGUCUUCGAGGACGAGUUGGCAGUUUAGGCAAUGAUUUAGAUAUUGUUGAUAUUGACAAGAAACGUAACAGUAUUAUUGAUGUUUAAUCAUCUCAAAUUGUCAUAGAACACAUUAUCGCAGGGUAAUUAUUCAUUUAUGUUUUUUUUUGUACUAAUGUACAAAUAGAUAAAUCAUAUAUGAUUUAUAAAUCUAUAGAUUUAUAUUAAUAAUAAUCAAAAUAAACAAUUGAUCAUAAUAAUAAUAUUAGCAAUUAAGAUGAAUUGAUAAUAAUAAAAGGUCAUAAAAAUAUUACACACAACGUAUACAGUAUUAAAGAGGAAUGUUGCAAUAUAUAAAUUGAAAUUUCUCGUUCUAAAACGCACAAAAUUUCUAGAUAUAACAUGUAAGGGCAUUCAACAAUAACAACAAUAAUACAGAUAUAAUAAAUUAAAUUCAAAUAAUACUCUGCUACUGAUUAAAAAAAUAUACCAAAUUUGAACUAAAUAAUGAUAAGUUAAACGAAUUUUUUAAAAAGUUAUAACAAUGUAUCUACUAAUCAUUGUUAUAUUAAUGUAAUUAAUUUUUUAUAAAUCUCGAAA